GCGGAAUCCUCAUGUACCUCAGAGCAAUGGCCAUGCAGUAACGUGUACGCCAGACGUGGUGAAGACGGCAGUCUACGUCGUCGCUCAGGUUACACCACAUGUCAGUGUAUCCAUGACAACGGACAGUGCAGAAAGACCCUAGGCCCGCAGUUUAACUUCUUAAACUCGCUCACAUGGGAGAUUGCUACGCUGACAGUUGAGAAAUACGUGAUACAGUCUUACUACUGUAAACCACUGGAUCUUCCUGAUCGCACCUGUAAACCAGGGGAGGUAGCAGCUGGAUUUCAAAGCCCGUACGAAGGACACUUGAGUUUCCUUAACUGUACCUGCCCCAACCGAACCGAACCGUUAAAACAGGUGGCAGUGUACAAAAUCCCCGGGAUAACGUAUCAACAUUUUGCUUGUGAGAAGCCUACAUGUUCGGUAGCUGACAACGAGUGCGCCCGAGUUUACGGAACGGAGAAAAACGAACACAGGUCAACCGAGUACCCUUGCGAUUGCCCGGAUGAUCACGUGUGUCCUUUCACUUUCGUUACUUUCAAUGUGGCGUCCGCCGCAGAGUACAGCAAAGACAAGAUCGGUCGACAAUUUCGUAAAGUCUACUGCGUGAAGAAAAGUGAAUCAGCUUAAUAUUUUAUCAGAGAGAUAACGUUUGAGAUUAGCUGUUGUAUCUACAUGUAACCUCCAGGGAAACAUUUUUGAACAACACCGUUAACAAAGACAAUAUAGCACUAUAUAGUUUCAAAUAGUAUAAGGUAGAGAAAUACCAAAUGACAUCGUUUCAGAUUUCCUGGAGAAAUAAUAUUAGAACGUAUAUUUUCUGCUUUCUUUCUGUGUAUACCGGUAUGUAUCAUUUAUUUAACUUUAACGAGCUAGAGGGACGGAUAAAUAGGUCAAUUUCCGAUCAGAAAUUUGAAGAAGGCGCAGAUUUUAAACUAGUUUUGGCAGCAAGAAGGAUUAGUUUGGUUAAGAACUAUAUUUAAAAAGGAAUGAGUUUACUGGGAAUCCACGAUCGCUUUAAGUGUAACUUCCACAUUGGAAAGUGCAGGAAGAACAAAACUA